CAAUCCAAGUAAAGAAAAAAAGUAGAUUCUUCGUUAAUGUCACCUGAAUUUCAGAUGAUUUUUUGCGUUCAACGUCAAAAAAAAUCUGAACUUAAGUUCAGAUGUUGCGUUGAACCCGGCCAUUUUCAACGUUAUAACGUAUACGUUGCGUCACUUGUCACUCUUCAUGCUACGUUACCUUUAUAAACGUCAAUUUACUGUCAGUUUAUCCUCCCACUGUCGAAAAAUAGUUUUCAAUCAAAUCAUCUGCAAUGGCAACUUCAAUGAUUAUGAAACAAUUCAAGACUGAGGAGAAAAUUGCUAGUGAACCCUGGCCAGACGAUGCUGUCCUCUAUCAGCCUUAUGAAAUGGAGCAAAUACUUUUAGCAGAAAAUGCUAGUUGCCUCGCUGUUAAAGCUUACCUUAAGAUGUGUAAUAUUCCUUAUUCUGUAAGGUCGACUGCUAAUGCUGAAUUUAUGUCCCCUGGUGGAAGAAUGACGAAGUUGCCAUUUAUUAAAGUUGGAGCAUUUAUAGUUGCUGAAUUCGAACCAAUUGUCAACUUUGUGGAACAAAAAGAGUGUGCUAUUGGUCAGUGGCUAAAUGAAGAUGAAAAGUUUGAUUUGCGUUCGUACGUGUCCCUGGUAGAGAACAUUUUUACCAACGCCGAAUUGUAUAUUUCAUUCUUGGAUAAUGAGGUUUAUAAAACUGUAACCGAACCACGCAAUGGAUGCGUGUUCCCGUGGCCAUUGAACACAAUCCAGAACUUUAAAAAACGGCGGCAUGUAUUGAAACAACUUAAAGUUUACCAAUGGAGCGAUAUGAAUCUGUAAGACGUUCUAGAGAAAGUUGUCAAGUGUUGCGAAACCCUCACAAGCAAGCUGGAAGAAAGUGGCGGUGCAUUCUUUUAUGGAGAUGAGCCUAUGGAAUUAGAUGCAAUCGUGUUUGGUCAUCUAUUCACCAUAUUAACAACUACACUCCCAAAUAAUCAUUUGGCACAAAGCAUUCAAGGGUUUAAAAAGUUACUAGACUUUUGCCAAAACAUAGAUAGUAAAUUCUUUCAACUGUCAUAAAAUUUUAUUUCAAAGAAUAUAAUAAAAAAAUAAUUUAAAAAAAAAAA